GCAAAUAGUACGGCUAGUGAAAUUGCCAAAGUCAUAUCGCAGCUACCCGAGCUUCGUAUACUGAGUAUAGACAAGCAGUUUUCGUUGGAGGACUUGGAAGAGAUCAGUGAAGGGGCAUUGAAGCUGGAAACAAUCAUCCUCAACCGUCGCGGAUGGGAGGUGUAUGAUGCAUAUCUCAUGCCACUAGCGAAGCUUCCACGCCUUAAAAGACUUGACAUCAAGAUGUGUCCGGGGGAUCUCACUGGUGCCGGACUCUUGGAAUUCGUCAAGAAGAUGGAAAAAGAUCCCAACGGACAACAUGACGGAUUCAGAUUUACCAUUGCGAAGUUGUGGCUGUCGGGCAUUUGGUUUACUAAGGACAAAGUAAACGAGGUGAAGGACUAUAUAAAAAGAGCGUUCAACGGA